AUGGGUUGCGGUGCAUCAGCAGGAUCAACGACUGAUUCUCUCAGCAAUCAUCCAAAUCCUACUACUACAGCAGCAGUAACACCAUCAACAUCGUCCUCAACUGUAUUAAAUCAACAAUCGGAUUCAAAUCGUAUUCCGAAACGGGGUCGUCGAACUGAUACAAAUGAAAUUAUUGAAAAUUUUCUUUUGAUUUGGCUUGAUGGAAAAAUCGAUGAAUCCAGCAAAGAUUAUCAGAAUUCAAUCAAACAGCUGCGACGCACCGUUAAUACUGUCGAACCAUUUCAACAUACAGAAGAAUGUAUUGAUUAUAUUUCAAAACUUCAAGACAAAAAAGCAUUUCUUAUUAUUUCCGGUGCUUUAUGUCAAACAGUUGUGCCACGUAUUCAUAACAUGGAUCAAAUUCAUUCAAUUUAUGUCUUUUGUCGAAAACAAGAAAAAUAUGAAGAAUGGGCAAAAGAUUGGUCCAAAAUAAAAGGUAUUUACACUGAAAUUACUCCAAUUUGUGACUCAGCUCAACAAUCGGCUCGACAAUGUGACGAAGAUUCUAUUGUUGUUAGCGCUGUAUCAUCGUCGAAUCAAAUCGAGCCAACAUUUAUGUAUACACAACUUUUCAAAGAAAUUAUUCUUGAAAUUGAUUUCGAUGAAAAGAAAGAAAUCAACGAUCUAGCCGAGUAUGCCCGGGAGAAAUAUGCAGGUAACGAUAAACAAUUGGAAAUUAUCAAUGAAUUCGCUCAAGAAUAUCAAGGUAAUCAGGCCUCGUAGUCGUCCUAUAUUUCCUAUAUAUUUCGAAAAAGUAAAGAUUAUUCUGAAGCGAAUCAUAUUUCAGUCAGAAAAGAUACACAUUCUUCUGUAUGUAUUACCAUUAGUUUCCACAAUAGAACUGAUAGCAGGUAGCGACAGUAUAAUAUUAAUUGAUGGUGAUGAUACGAGAAGUAAAUUCAUAAGUAAGGAGUGAUCGAAAGUCACACAGGUCUUAAUGAUAGUGAACUACGAUGUCAAAAUUUGGGGAUCUAACACGCCUAGUCUAACCUAAUCAAAAAAUUUUAGACUCCAGCCCCGGAUUUUUUUUUGCAUUUUGGCGACAUUCAUAUCAUUUUGACGCGUAAAAUUAUUGCAAAUGAAUAAUUAAACGAAUCAAUAAAUAGUACACAUCGUAUAUUAGUGUAGAAUUCAUUAUUCUUGGUGAUGGUUUUUCAGAAACCACAGAAACAAAAUGACUAAAAACGUUUUCCAAAAAAAAAAGCGCUUUUUUGCUAUUCGUAAGCGUGAAUCUCUCGAAUGUUAUUAACUUUUCUUGAGAUUUAUUCAUAAUGUUAAAAAUAGUAGAUAUAAUUUUUCAUUAGUUAAAAUAUCAAUAAGGAAGUUACGGCUAGGCAGGAGUAAAAAAAUCCCCGAAUGUCUUACGGAUAUAACUCCGAUAGUGACUCAGAAAAACUAUUUUUCAGCCACUCCGUUGGAAUCAAAAUGGAAUUUUGGAGUCCG